CUAAUCUCUCUCCCUCAAAUAAAAAUAAUAAAAUCUCUCUCCUCUCUCUCUCCGGGUGUUUUUAGUCGUUGAAGAGAAGUGCCUUGCAGACUCAGCCCUGCUCCAAGAUUCACCAAUUCUUGCCCCGGUGCUCUCUCUCAGGAUUUCUGCAUCGCCUAACUGUCAUCAUCUCUUACCAUUAUAGGUCUAUUGCCAAACUAAUUCUUAUUUUGGUUGAAUAACAUCUGAAAACUUUAUAUCAAGGUAUUGGCAAAUGGCAACAAACGAAAAUCUUCCGCCAAAUGUUAUAAAGCAACUUGCUAAGGAAUUGAAGAAUCUUGAUGAAAUUCCUCCAGAGGGAAUUAUAGUUGGGGUGAAUGAUGAAGAUUUCUCAACAAUAUAUGCUGAUAUAGAAGGCCCAGCUGGGACUCCAUAUGAAAAUGGCAUCUUUCGCAUGAAGUUGAUAUUAUCUCGCGAUUUUCCACAUUCUCCUCCCAAAGGGUAUUUUCUGACCAAGAUCUUCCACCCAAACAUUGCAAUAGAUGGUGAGAUCUGUGUCAAUGCAUUGAAGAGGGAUUGGAACCCUAGUCUUGGCUUACGACAUGUACUAAUCGUAGUCAGAUGCUUAUUAAUUGAGCCCUUUCCUGAAUCAGCUCUAAAUGCACAGGCGGGAAAGAUGCUGCUUGACAAUUAUGAAGAGUAUGCUAGACAUGCCAGGAUUUUCACAGCAACUCAUGCUGUAAAUUCGAAGCGCAUGAAAUUUAGAAUAGGAGAUGUUUCAGAGUCAAAAAAUGUGGACCAGGAGAAUUCCGCUACAGGUGCCGCACUCCACUUGCCGCAAGCAUCUGUCCCUACCUUAAUUUCUGCAGCAAAAGGAGCAACCAGUCAAGAUCAAGUAGUUGUAGGUACAAACUCUAUGGCUGAGAUGGGAGUUGUUACAUCCGCAACCUCGGCAACAGUGCCACUGACUAAGAAAAAGGAAGUCUGCGGGUCACUAAAAGUUCAGGCAGACAAAAAGAAAAUUGAUGCAAGAAAGAAAAGCUUGAAAAGAUUGUAAGAAACGGGAAUUUGCCUAUCAUAUUGUUUUUCCUGGAUUAGCAUGAUUGAACUUUCGGUGUUCUAUUUGAUAAUUAGAUGGCAAAAAGAAUAUUGCCUGAAUGUCGGUAUCAAUGUCUCGAGUACUUUUGACAUAGCAAAUGGGAAAGCGAUAUAUUAACCAUUCUUCUUGAC